UAUUGUCAACAUGGACUCCAGGCCUCAGAGCAAGAGAAUGGUUUUGGAUGUUGGGACAUGGGAGCAGAUAUUUCAAGAACUGAUCUCGCAGGAGAAACCCGAGGCAAGAUGGACCCUGAAGAUGGAUGGGAACCUUCAGCCAGACUGUGUGGCCCCAGGGUGGAAGCAAUACAAGCAGAGAGCAUUUGGCAGGUUCUUGUGUUCCUCAUGCCAUCGAAGCUGGGCUUCCGCCAAAGUGCAGAUCCUAUGUCACAUGUACCUGGAGCACCAGAAGUCCCAGGGAAAGGUGCUUGUGCGGCUCUUUGGUCAGAGGUGCCGGAAGUGUUCCCAGUCUCAAUUUGAGAAGCCUGAGUUCUCCCUGGAUAGCACCAAGAGGAUUCUGAACAACCUGGUGCAGCGUAUUCUGGAGAGAUUCUACAGAAAUGGCAUCAGGAAGGUUUUGGAGAUUCCAGUGAUCCAGGAGGUGCCUUUGAAUGGGCACCAUGAUAUGGUCAAUUGUGAGGCAUGUGUCCUGGGCUUCUGUGUACAGAACUUACCUAACUGCACGACAGAGCCAGCCAAAUCCUCUCUCUCCUACACGAAGACUGGCAGCUCCUCUCCUCACCUUGGUGACGUGUAUGGCCAAAACCGAGCUAGGAACCAGUCAGCUGAGGCAAAGGAGACACAGGGAAGUGGGUAUUCCUGUGCCCAUAAAGGCCCAGGGCCCAGCCAUGCCACUGCUGGGAUCCAAGUGCCUGGGGCAGGCCCUCAGCUCAAACAGGAGACGGGCCGACUGCUCACACCAGGGACAGACCGGCAGGCUGCACAGGGAACAGGCGUACAGCCCAUCCGAGUAGCAGGAUCACUUCCCCCAGGGUGGACAGACCCACAGCCCAGACAAGCAAUAGGUCCACUACCUAAAGGGUUGGCACAUUCACAAUCCACACUGGGGACAGGACCACAGAACCCCCGGCUGACAUAUUCUCAGGCUAUAAAGAUGUCAGGCCAGCAGUUGACACAGGACGCACAAGCCACCCAAGGGGCAGGUCGUCAGGCCACAAAGGUGACAGACCCACAGCCCACACGGGGGACAAUCCCAAGGGCCACAUCAAGGUCAGACACUCAGGCUACAGGGAGGGCAGACCCCUCACCACUGGGGUCAAACUCACAGCCCACACGGGGAACAAUCCCAAGGUCCACAUCACGGUCAGACAGUCAGGCUACAGGGAGGGCAGACCCCUCACCACUGGGGUCAAACUCACAGCCCACACGGGGAACAAUCCCAAGGUCCACAUCACGGUCAGACAGUCAGGCUACAGGGAGGGCAGAACCCUCACCACUGGGGUCAAACUCACACCCCACACGGGGAACAAUCCCAAGGUCCACAUCAGAGUCAGACAGUCAGGCUACAAGGAGGGCAGACCCCUCACCACUGGGGUCAAACUCACAGCCCACACGGGGAACAAUCCCAAGGUCCACAUCAGGGUCAGACAGUCAGGCUACAAGGAGGGCAGACCCCUCAUCACUGGGGUCAAACUCACAGCCCACACGGGGAACAAUCCCAAGGUCCACAUCACGGUCAGACAGUCAGGCUACAGGGAGGGCAGAACCCUCACCACUGGGGUCAAACUCACAGCCCACACGGGGAACAAUCCCAAGGUCCACAUCAGAGUCAGACAGUCAGGCUACAGGGAGGGCAGACCCCUCACCACUGGGGUCAAACUCACAGCCCACAUGGGGAACAAUCCCAAGGUCCACAUCAGAGUCAGACAGUCAGGCUACAAGGAGGGCAGACCCCUCACCACUAGGGUCAAACUCACAGCCCACACGGGGAACAAUCCCAAGGUCCACAUCAGGGUCAGACAGUCAGGCUACAGGGAGGGCAGAACCCUCACCACUGGGGUCAAACUCACACCCCACACGGGGAACAAUCCCAAGGUCCACAUCAAGGUCAGACACUCAGGCUACAGGGAAGGCAGACCCCUCACCACUGGGGUCAAACUCACAGCCCACACGGGGAACAAUCCCAAGGUCCACAUCAGGGUCAGACAGUCAGGCUACAGGGAGGGCAGACCCCUCACCACUGGGGUCAAACUCACAGCCCACACGGGGAACAAUCCCAAGGUCCACAUCAGAGUCAGACAGUCAGGCUACAAGGAGGGCAGACCCCUCACCACUGGGGUCAAACUCACAGCCCACACGGGGAACAAUCCCAAGGUCCACAUCAGGGUCAGACAGUCAGGCUACAGGGAGGGCAGACCCCUCACCACUGGGGUCAAACUCACAGCCCACACGGGGAAUAGGCCCCAUGGCUACAUGUAGGACCUUCAGUGAAAGUCAAGCUGCCUGGGUCAGGCAGGAGAGGUGCUCACCUAGAGGGUCUGCUCCAGACAGCUUUUUCAGAUUAUCUCCCUCAAUGCAACCAAAUAAUUCCCUUAACCAGGAGCAGCUGUUCAGGUGGGGCUAUGUCUGUGUUGUUGCUCUGUUUACCUUUUUUGUAUCUAAAUACCUAUAAGUAGAACGAUGAAAAAAGACUUGUCUUCUCUUGUCUUAAUUCCAUGGUAAUCAAUGAACUGGCUGCCAUUUUAAUAUGACAGAAUUUGCUUUGGGACCAAUGCAGGGUCAAGUUUAUAGAAUAAGAUCGGUGCUUUGUGACCACCUAGAGGGGUGCGAUA